GAGAAAUUGGCUGUUGGCUGUACAGAAGAUGGUUGACAACCUGAAAAAGCAGGUAGCGGAUCUGAAGACCAGGAACCAGCAGCUGGACUCUGAAAAUACAGAACUUAGCCAGAGGAACUCCAAAAAUCAAGCAGAUGUGCAGGAUCUUAAUCAACAGCUGGCAAGGGCGCUCAAGCAAAAGGAAAGGGAAGUGGGAAAAUGCACCCUGGAAGAAUGGGAAAAGGAGAGACUGGUACUGAAAGAGGAACUGGAAAACUCCAAAGUAAAGUCAUCCAAUAUGGUGUCUUCCUUGGAGGUGGAGCUGUCAAAAAUGAAGGUUCAAGCUCAUAUAUUGGAGCAGGAGAACCACAUCCUCAAGCAGGAACUCGAGAAGACAAAACAGCUGCCCAGAUGUCCUGAUCUCUCUGACCUUCAAAAUGAAGUUUCGAGCUUAAUUACUAAAAAUGAAAAGCUGCAGAAAGACAAAGAAGCCCUGAGUGAGGAAUUAAACAGAUGUAUUGAUAAGGUAGCUAAAGUAAGCUGCUUAGAGAAUGCAAUUGGCAGCUUGAAGCAGGAACAGAAGUCCUGGGAACAGCAGAGUCAGACACUGAAAACACAGCUCGCCGUUUCACAAGAAAAGGUUCAGAGUCUAGAUGAAACGCUGCAAAAUACCAACCUACAAAUAUCCCGACUAAAAUCAGACUUACGGGUGACGCAACAGGAGAAGGAAACUCUUAAACAAGAAGUGAUGUCGUUACACAAGCAACUGCAGAAUGCCAAUGAAAAGAAUCGGGUUCUAGAACUGGCUGUGCCUUCCUCAGGGCUGCAGGACCAACAGAGGCAACUACACUGGGAUGAACUGGACCAGCUGACGAAACAGGAGCAGCAGCUGCUCAGGCAGGAGAAUGAGAGGCUGCAGAGAGAAGUCCAGAGCACUAAAACAGACCUGACUCACUCCAGGGAGAAGAUCAGACAGCUGGAAUCUACUAUCCUUUCCCUAAAGCACCAGAAGCAUCAAAGCCAGUCAGGUAUCGUCAAAGCCAUAGAGCAAGAGAAAUUAAGCUUGAAGAGAGAGUGUGAACAGCUUCAGAAGGAGUUGUCAUCUGCAAACAGGAAGAUCAGUCAGAUGAAUUCUCUUGAACGUGAACUGGAAACCAGCUCAGAAAACGAAGGGCUAAGAAAAAAGCAAGUCAAACUGGAUGAUCAGUUAAUGGAGAUGCUCCACUCAAGCGCCAGUGUGAUGCUUAGCCAACCGCCGCACUCCCGGGAGCUCCAGCAGCAAGGCUGUGCUGUGGUGCCCAAGGAACAGUUCCUGCAGCUCCAACACCAGCUACUACAAGCAGAGAGGAGGAGUCAACGUCUUCAGGAAGAACUUGAAAGUCGACCCUCUGAGACAAACAUGCAACAGGGGGGUCAUGAGCAGCUUCUAAAAAUGAUGGAAGAACGUAUGAUGGAUGUUGAACAGAAACUAAGGCUUGUGAAGAGGCUUCUCCAAGAUAAAGUAAAUCAGCUGAAAGAACAACUUGCCAAGAACACUAAAGCAGAUGCAAUGGUCAAGGAUCUCUAUGUUGAGAAUGCACAACUGCUGAAGGCUUUGGAGAUGACAGAACAGCGGCAGAAAACUGCUGAAAGGAAAAACUAUUUGCUAGAAGAAAAAAUUGCAAACCUCAAUAGAAUAGUGAAGAACCUGGCAUCCCCAUCGUUUAAUUCAGCGUCUGAGAUAAGGUCAUAG